GUACAGGCACGUGUGUCCCUGCGUGUAAACUAGUGUGAGGUGGGGGGAACAAAAAUGUCUGGAGAGGCAUUACACACUGAUAUGCAGACACGGUCCUUGCUACCUGGGUUUAUGCUGUUUUUUGACACAUUUUUGAGCACCUUAUCGUGGAAUAUCGACUCUCUUGUUGUGUUUUUGAAGCGUACAGUAGGUGGCCUUUAGCACCUAGAGCAACACCUCUCUGAAGAGGCGAGAAGACCAGAUACAGAGUGAAGGGAAUGUUUUUUGCUCUCACCAAGAGCUGUUUUUCUCGCUCUGCAUCUCUCAUCCCAUCUGUUGGAGCACUUAUGCCAAGGCUGUUUCAUAACAAGAAAUUCAUGUCUUGUGUGCAGUACUUUGAGUGACACUUUUUUUUCUCAAGAUAAUUGGAGAUACUGUUUAGUCUUCUCAAGAGGCAUCCUUUGAUUUUUUUUUUUUUUGGUCUGCAUUUUGUUUAAACAUCUUCGUGGAGGGGUUUGCAGCCCCAACCUCUUUGAACAGCUUUUGUUUUGCAGGAGGAACAAUGAAUUUCUCUCCUUAGUUUUUCAAACUAGCAACCAACAGCUAUGAUUCACUUGUAUGUACAUAGUAGUCCCACUUAAAUUACAGUUGCACUAUUUUUUCCACUCCGGCUGACCCCAGAAUCAAGCUGUACCAGCCUCAUCCUACUCUAGUAUGAGUUAUGACAACUCUAAAUCAACGCCCAGCAGCAGCACUCGGGGGCGAGUGUCAGGGGCUGAAGAGAAGGACCAGGAAGCCGACUCCCAGGGGUUAAAUGCACAAAUAAGUAGCAGUGGUCAGCCCAGUGCCAAUGUCACCACUCAGGAGCAGGGAAGCGGGGCCGGAGGAUCGGGCUCCGGAGGCUUCUCUGGAGGUGGAAGGGGCCCCAACUCGGACGAUAUGGACGGGCUUUCCAGCGGGAACGACUCCGGAGAGAGGGAAAGCGAGGGCGGGAUGGAGAGGGAGAACAGGUCUCGCGGGCAUCAGUCCACACGCAGCUCACACAGUCACAGUUCAUCCAAUGGCAAGGACUCUGGCAUGAUCCUGGAAACCACAGAGAGCAACAAGAGCUCCAACUCUCAGAGCCUCUCGCCUCCCAGCGGCUCUCUGGCCUAUAGCCUGCUGUCAACUAGUUCGGAGCGGGACCCCCCCUCCACCUCUGGAUGCAGCAGCGACCAGUCAGCGAGGGUCCAGACACAGAAGGAGCUAAUGAAGGCCAUCAAGGAGCUGAAGCUCCGCCUGCCUGCUGAGCGCAAAUCCAAGGGUCACUCCAGCACUCUAAAUGCACUCAAAUAUGCUCUUCAGUGUGUCAGACAAGUCAAAGCCAACAAAGAGUACUAUCACCAGUGGAAUGUGGAGGAGUGUCACGGCUGCAGUCUGGACUUAUCUACCUUCACAAUUGAGGAGCUUGACAACAUCACCUCAGAAUACACCCUCAAAAACACUGACACAUUCUCCAUGGCAGUGUCAUUUUUGUCGGGGAAGGUCGUGUACGUAUCGCCCCAGGGCUCGUCCCUGUUGCGCUGCAAACCCGAGUGUCUCCAGGGGACGAUGUUCUCCGAGCUUUUGGCCCCGCAAGACGUCAGCACCUUCUACAGCAGCACAGCGCCCUGCCGCCUGCCCCAAUGGGCCUCCUGCAUCGGGUCUGCCUCUCCUCCGGUCGACUGCACUCAGGAGAAGUCCAUGUUCUGUCGGAUCAGCGCCGACCGGACCCACGGGAGUGAGAUGCGCUACUACCCCUUUCGCCUCACGCCCUACCAGCUCACUAUCAGAGACUCGGAUGCUGCUGAGCCACAGCCCUGCUGCCUGCUCAUCGCGGAGAGGGUCCACUCAGGAUACGAGGCUCCUCGUAUCCCUCCAGACAAGAGGAUCUUCACCACCAGUCACACUCCCAGCUGCCUCUUCCAGGAAGUUGAUGAGAGGGCUGUGCCGCUGUUAGGCUACCUGCCUCAGGACUUGGUGGGAACCCCCAUCCUGCUCUGCAUCCACCCUGAGGACAGGCCCAUGCUGGUGGCUAUACAUGAGAAGAUCUUUCAGUUUGCAGGGCAGCCGUUUGACUAUUCGCCCCUGCGGAUGUGCGCUCGCAGCGGGGAAUAUCUGACCAUCGACACCAGCUGGUCUUCCUUCGUCAACCCCUGGAGCAGAAAGGUGGCGUUCAUCGUAGGGCGGCACAAAGUCAGAACGAGCCCUCUGAACGAAGAUGUGUUCACCACACCGCAAGGCUGCGACAGUCGGGUCACCCCCGACAUCGUCCAGCUGAGCGAGCAGAUCCACCGGCUCCUGGUGCAGCCGGUGCACAGCGGCAGCUCCCAGGGCUACAGCUCGCUCGGGUCCAGCGGCUCACGGGGCUCCCGCCGCUCCCACCAACAGCACCACAGUGCCUCCGCCGCCUCGUCCAGCGACAGCAACGGCCCUGCCAUGGACGAAGCUGCUGCCGCGGUUGCUUUACCUAAGCCUAUGACGUUCCAGCAGAUCUGCAAAGACGUCCACAUGGUCAAGACUAAUGGUCAGCAAGUUUUCAUUGAGUCUCGCAACCGUCCACCGCCGAGGAAAAACACCAGCGCUGGCGCAGCAAGCAUCAGAGCCAUCAACAGCGACCCGAUCAGAGGUCUGAUAGCGGACAUGACGAAACCACCCAAAGCUUUGGUGCCGGCACCGCUUGUACCGAAGGAGCCAACCGCUGGCUACUCCUACCAGCAGAUCAACUGUCUAGACAGCAUCAUAAGGUACUUGGAGAGCUGUAACAUUCCUAAUACUAUAAAGAGGAAGUGUGGCUCCUCCUCCUGCACUGCCUCCUCAACAUCUGAUGAUGACAAGCAGCAGGAGGCCAGUGGCAACAACAAAGGUGGUUCAGUUAGCCUCGUAGGUGAACCACCUCCUCUGCCUCCCCUGACCAUGGCCACAAAGGCAGAGAGUGUAGCCUCAGUAACAUCUCAGUGUAGCUUCAGCAGCACCAUCGUCCAUGUAGGAGACAAGAAACCUCCCGAGUCAGACAUCAUCAUGGAGGAGGCUCCUAUGACUCCUACACUCGCUCCUCCUACCACUAAUACUCGGUCAACUCCUCCGGCGAGCACAGCCACCAUCCGCCCUCCUCCUCCUCCUCCCCCGCCUCCUCUCCCUCCGGCCAGUCAGCCGGAGAAGGACAGCUGGAGAAGUGGAAGUGUGGGAGGCGGAGGGGCGGGAGGCGGAGGCGGCCGGCUGGGCCUGACCAAGGAGGUGCUGUCCGCCCACACCCAGCAGGAGGAGCAGGCGUUCCUCGACCGCUUCAAAGACCUCAGCAAGCUGCGUGUUUUCGAUCAGACGGCGUCGUCGACCAUGCACCGCCACACCCCGGCUGCCAACCCUCUGUCACGAGGAGUGCGUUGUUCUCGUGACUACCCAGCUGCAGGAGGCAGCACCGGUCACAGACGCGGUCGUGGUGGCAAGAGACUCAAGCACCAGGAGUCAUCAGACCGACACAGCCCUCUGGGUCUGAGCGGGAGUCAUCCGGACCACAGAAGCAGCACAGCUCCCAUGUCCUUCAACAUGCCCCUUGCUCCCCCCACAACCUCCUCCUCCUGGCCUUCUGUGGGCUCCCAGCCAAGCAUUCCCUCUGCCCCCUUUGCCCCCGGUAUGCUUCCGAUCUACCCCGUGUACCCGCCGCUCACGCAGCCCCUACCAGUCCCAGAUCCGUCCCGUUUCCCCCCUACACAGAUGGUACCUCCCAUGAUGGCCCUCGUUCUGCCCAACUACAUGUUCCCCGCAAUGGGAGCGCCCAUGUCUCAACCAGGUGCCACCCCUGGACACUUCUACAAUCCCAACUUCAGCUACCCCGGGGCCCCCACAGCCACCGCCCCCCCUGUUAUUUCGAACCCCGUACCCAUGCCAGGCACCGGCGCCCCGUCUCGUAGCAGCACCCCACAGUCCUACAGUCAGACGCCGGCUGACCGUGAGGGUGCAGAGUCCCCCCUCUUCCAGUCCCGCUGCUCCUCCCCUCUCAACUUGCUGCAGCUGGAGGAGUCGCCGAGUAACCGGCUAGAAGUUGCCACGGCGCUAGCGGCGUCACAGCAAGCCACACCUGCUGCACAGGGCGGUGCAGCUGGUGGACAGAGCUCAGCCAAUCAGAGCAGCGCUGAUGAUACGUCCAAGGAGAAUGAGAACGGUGAGACUAAUGAGUCCAACCAUGAUGCCAUGUCCACCUCCAGCGACCUGCUGGAUAUGUUGCUGCAGGAAGAUUCCCGCUCCGGCACCGGUUCUGCUGCCUCUGGUUCAGGCUCCUCUGGAACCAGAUCCUCGGGUUCAGGCUCCGGCUCCAAUGGCUGCAGCUCCUCUGGCACCAGCGGCACCAGCAGCAGCCAGGGCAGCCACACCAGCAAGUACUUCGGCAGCAUCGACUCAUCAGAGAACGACCACUCCCGCAAACAGCCAGCAGGGGGCAGCAGCAGCGCUGGAGGAGACGGUGGCGAGGAGCAGUUUAUUAAAUGUGUCCUGCAGGACCCCAUUUGGCUGCUGAUGGCCAACACAGACGACAAGAUCAUGAUGACCUAUCAGCUGCCUGUCAGGGACAUGGAGACAGUACUGCGAGAGGACCGUGAGGCUUUGAGGAGCAUGCAGAAACACCAGCCUCGCUUCACCGAGGACCAGAAGAGGGAGCUGAGUCAGGUUCACCCCUGGAUCCGCACAGGACGACUGCCCCGAGCUAUCAACAUCUCUGGAUGUACGGGCUGCAAGUCACCCACUUCUGCGCCUCCCGCCACCCCUUUCGACGUGGAGAUCCACGAGAUGGAGCUGUGCAGCGUGCUGAAGGCUCAGGAGGAGAGCGCGAGCACAACCAAGAAAGACGUGGCGGAGACAGCCAUGGAUGACGGACAACCCGAAGACGAGGAGGAAGAGGAAGGAACCAAAACACAAGACGGCAACCAGGAAAUGACAACAGAUGAGCAGACGUCGCCGUCGGAGGCCGUGGAAGAAAAGGCAGAGACUUAACUGUCUGAGUCCGACGUGAUUCACUAAGUAGGUGGCCAAAUAUGAAAAAAACACUCGUGUUUUAUCACAAUCUUUCCACGCAGAUUCACGGAAAGUAUGCACCUUUCAGGACUUUCUGUGCUCUUUACACGAAGGUGUAAGAAAGACGAGCUGUGCUGGGACACUAAGGUGUAUAUUGAUCAGAUGACUGCCAUCCAUUUUUCUGGACGGGCCAGGCAGGACUCUCGGCCGUGUUCGUUUUCAGCUUUGGCUUUGACGACAGCACACCAGGCACGUUCUAGGACUGCGUAUUGAAUGCCUUGGAAACCACCAGACUUGCACACUCAGUUUUAGAGUGAAUUAGUGCAUUUUUUUUCUUUUCUCCUUCAGCUGUUCUUGUAGUUUAUUGCGUAUUUAUUGAAGUUGUAAAAUAAUCAGAGAGGACUAAGGGGAAUGUGUUACAAAAAUGGCGCCUUUCCGUAAAGAUGGAUGUGCUUCACCACAGUGUCCUCCCUUUUUAAUCUCUCCUGUUCAGGGUUCGGAUCGCGAGGAAAGAUGGGAGUUCAUGCGUAGCUUCUCUUCUUGCUGAAUGUUUGUGGGAUCUUGCUCCCACCUCAAUCCCGAGUCGUGUUUUUUUUGCUUCGUUGGGGCGGGAGGAGGAUGGGGAGGGGAUUUUGCCUGAAAUUAACAAAAGCCACUUUCACCCAGUAGAGAAAAUGUACAGUAAGAGCCACCUUAUUUUGUAACAUUGUGUAUAUUUUUAUACGUACAAACACGGCAGAUAAAGGAGAAACGCCCAAUAGAGUAUCUGUGCUGUACAAAGAAUAUGUGAAAAUCCAGAAUUUAAAUCUUAAUUUGCUGCAGAAAAAGAAGCAAUCCGAUGACUGUUUCUGAAAUGAAGGCGGUGUUAGUGGCACAGCGGUCAAACUGCUUUAUUGAUGUACAGUAAGUUGUGGGGCAGCGUUGCAAUCGCCAGAAGAGCACCAGAACUUUUGAGGUCGCUCUUUGGCCGGGCAUUAGUUUGUGCUGCACAAUGCCGCUCGGAUUCUCUCACACAGUAUUUCCCGACUUGCCAGCACUCUAAGGAGCUGCAAAGCCUUGUGUCGCCAGUGCUUGCUCAUGGUGGUGAAUAGAUUUUGAAAGAAGUGGACGUAACUGUAAAAUAAAAUAAAAAAUCCCGAGAGUUCGGAGAGUGUUUACUAUCUUCUCUUUUCCGCUCUGUCCCUUUCUCUCUAUCUCUUCCUCUCUGUGGCACUGUUCUGGUCAUGUGAUAUCCUCUGCUUUAUGGCGUCAGUGGUGACAGUUUCUUAAUAUUUUUGUGAAAUUCUUUGUACAAAAAAAGACAAUAAAAUGACUCGAAAGACCUUUAAA